CAAUGAAAUGAUCAGAAAAAUACAAAUACACCAUACAAUACCUAUAAGAAUUUGAUUCAAAUUCUGACAGGUGUCAGCUGAUCAAGCAGACGCCAAAAUAUUUCCGUCACAUUCAAUUUUUUAAAUUGCCAUCGGUCAAUUUAAAAGGAUUCCUCGUUUUGAAUUCGUGCAUUACUUUUCAAUUUACUUGGAAUACUCAAUAAUGACCGAUAAAAAACCAAGUGGAAAUAGCUUGACAAAAAAUGAAAAUUGUACAUCAUGUAACAAGCCAAUAAAACCAAAUCCCCGAGAAUCGUAUAAUGUGGCAAGUUGUUGUUGCUCUUGUAAAUCUAUGGAUCUAGACUAUGUCGAAGGAGUCGUUUGCAAUGAAAACGACAUCAAGGACAAUGAGAUGAAAUUAUUACCCCUAGGUGAAGAUGGUGGUAAAAUUCUACUAAUUAAACAGGACGGGGAACUUCAUGCCGUAGGAACGAAAUGCUCGCAUUACGGCGCUUUGCUUAGUACCGGUGCCCUAGGUCAGGGUCGAGUCAGGUGUCCAUGGCAUGGAGCCUGCUUUAACAUCAAAACUGGAGAUAUAGAAGACUAUCCUGGCUUAGAUUCAUUGCCAUGCUACAAUGUAUCUGUAAGCAAUAAUGGAGAUGUUAAAGUAAGAGCUAAGCGCAAGGAACUGGAAACCAACAAGCGUACCAAGCAAAUGGUUGCAUUCAAAGCAGAGAGUGCCAAGACAGUUGUAAUUGUCGGAGGAGGUCCAGCAGGUGCAACUUGCGCUGAAACUCUGCGACAAGAAGGUUUUACUGGUCGUAUCGUCAUGGUUUGCAAAGAAUCUGCUCUUCCAUACGACAGACCCAAGGUUUCCAAAGUGAUUGAUGGAACCAUUGACAAACUCCUAUUAAGGUCCCAACUCUUUUACGAUGAACAUAACAUUGAAACUCUGCUUGGAAAUCCGGCUAUCGGGCUGGAUACAAAUCGGAAAAUUGUGAAGCUAAGCACUAAUGAAGACUUAGCUUAUGAUCAUUUGUUCAUUGCAACAGGAGGUGUUGCAAGAUGGCCUGAUGUACCUGGCGUUGACCUAGCCAAUAUAUUUGUUAUGCGAGAAUUUACUGAUAGUGCCGCUGUCUAUGCCCAGAUAGGUUCUGAGAAGCAUGUUGUAGUCUUGGGACUUGGUUUUGUUGGAAUGGAAGCUGCUGCUUAUUGUGUUGGCAAAUGUGCAUCAGUCACAGUAGUCGGCCGGGAUUCAGCACCCUUCAAGGCUGUUUACGGUGAAGAAAUCGGAUUGAGGAUCAAACAAGAAUUUGAGCAGAAAGGUGUUCGAUUCAUUCUGGAUAACACGAUCGCUCGAUUUAUACCAAAGGAUGAUGGAAAAACUCUAAAUCAAGUUGAACUGAAAGAUGGAACAUACCUCGAGUGCGAUAUGGCUAUUUUAGGAAUUGGCUGUACAUUCAGUACGGACUGGCUGAAAGAAACGCAGUUGCAACUUCGUCCUGAUGGUACCAUAGCUACAGACAAGUACCUGCAAACAAAUGUUGAAAACAUAUAUGCUGGUGGUGACAUUGCAUACGCUCCCGUGUUCAGUUCCAAAGAUUUGCCGGCAGCCAUAGGACAUUAUGGACUGGCACAUUACCAUGGGAAAAUUGCUGCGUUGAAUAUUUGUGGAAAAGAAACCCCAUUGAGAGCAGUGCCAUUCUUUUGGACUAUGUUAUUUGGGAAAAGUUAUCGAUAUGCAGGACAUGGUAGACCAACUGGAAUAAAGAUUCUUGGUUCAUUAGAAAAUUUCAAGUUUUUUGCUUACUAUUUCAAAGCUGGCAAAGUAAUAGCUAUGAGCAGUGUAGGCAGAGAUCCAAUAGUAGCAGAUUUUGCAAAUCUAUUGUACCAAGGACGAGAGUUGACAGAAGAAGAAGUGGAAAAUGACCCAUUUGGUUGGAUGACGAACAAACCGAAAGAUUUGCUACCAGCAGCCUCUGCAUCAGAAAAUAAGUCGAAUGGGUUGGGUCUUGGAAAUCUAUUGAGAAGAAAUUACCACACACAUCCAAUAGUUCCACAAAACGUUAGACAAAUCAAGAAUAGUAUAAGCCAUGUACGUCAUGUUAAGCAGAUUAGUACAUACUUUCGUAUGACUAAAAUCCUUGUUCUCUAAACGCCCAACAUCAACUGGCUGAAUGGAGAAUAGCAGCAAACUAUCAAUGUACUUGGAAUAUGAUUUAAAAAAUUUUAAAACUUUCCACUUCCAUUGAUAAUUCAUGUUUACUCAGGAGUUCAUAAAACAAUGCUAUACCGUACUGGCAAAUUCCAAGCAUACUGUGGUCAGUUACAUAAAAUUUAUCACACGGAAAAACUGAGUAAUUCAAUUGGUAUUAUGGACUCUCUCUUUUGCCUCUGAAUUGUUUUCAAAUUAAAACACAGUACUGAAGCAUAAUAAACCGUGUUCUUUGAAAGAAAUUGUUGUACACGGAUGAAUGGUAGUGUUUAUGGCUCCUCUGAUAAGUGAGUUCAUUUGUCAUGCUAAUUUUGAUUAAUUAGAAUGCUAACUAAAAUAUACUUGGAGAUUUUGAAAAAAUAUUGUUAGGAUAUGGAAGUCUAGAGAAAAAUAUCAUUAUACAAGAAUCGUUCUUCUUAAUGUAUUAUAAUUGAAAUAUUACUGUACAUAUUGUUUGUUCAUCUGCUGUAAGGUAAACAGAGCAUUAACAACUCUAAAGUAUCUAUCAAAGA